AUGACUUCAAAAAUCGACAAGAUCAGUUACGAAGGCGAUUCACGGGUUGAGCGGCGCAACACGAUCUUGAAUGGACGGAAAUACACCUAUCUGUAUGGCGAGCCGGCUUCAGGAAAAUGGAAAGCUACUAUUCUCUUCCUUCAUGGAUAUCCCGAUUUGGCCGUAGGAUGGCGUUAUCAGAUCCCCUAUGCCCUACAGUUGGGUUUCAGAAUCGUUGCCCCAGAUCAACUCGGCUAUGGACAAACUGAUGCUCCUGAAGAUUACAAAGAAUACGCUUUCAAAAAAAUAGCUGCAGACUUUAAGCAACUCGCCACUCAGCUUGGCGAAUCACAGAUCGUCCUUUGCGGUCAUGAUUGGGGUGCGGCAUUGGCAUACGCAAUUUAUAUCCAUCAACGCGCUCUCAUUUCGCACAUAAUCACUGUCUGCGUCCCGUAUGCGCCCCCGCGAGCAAAGUUCACUUCAUUAGACGACAUUGUCGCCAACCUGGCUCCGCACUGGGGCUACCAACUUCAAUUCCGGUCUGGCGAGGUUGAAAAAGUUGUUCGUACGAAGAAAGAUAUUCAGCAGUUUUUAUUGACCAUGUAUGGUGGGAAAACAAGCAACGGAGAAUGGGGGUUUGACCCGAGGAAGGGCAUUGCUCUUGACAAAUUAGGGCAGUUUCAGCAAUCUCGGAUUUUGAAUGGCGAGGAUCUGGAAUUCUAUUCAAGCGAAUACGCUCGCCACGGAGUCCACGGUCCAUUGAACUGGUACCGUCUCACCGAGGUUAAUCACAAUGAUGAGAAGCAGUACGCAUCACAGCCCAAUAUUGAAGUGCCGUUGCUUUUUAUUCAGGCUCUCAAGGACUUGGCCUUACCGCCUUCUAUGGGCAAGUCGAUGAAGAAGUAUAUCCCGAAAUUGACCCUCGAGCAAGUGAACACGUCGCAUUGGGCUUUGACAGAGGACCCUGAGGGGGUUAAUCGGAUUAUUGGCAGCUGGCUGGGGAAAUUUUUCCCGUCGAGUGGUAAUAGUAAGCUGUAA